GAAAAAGUGCAACAAAAACGCUGUCGAACACGAAGCUACAGGAAUGUUUUCCUAUUUUUAAGAAAAUGUGUUGAUUUGUGAGAUAAUAUAUAUUUUUAUUUUUAUAUAUAUAUAUAUAAUCCACAACUUGUCUUCAUUUGAUCGUCAUCCAUCUUGAAAACGGUCGAGUUUGCGUCACUAGCAGCCCUCGAUAGAUAGCUUUGUGUUGACCAAAAUGGAUGACAGCAAGAUGGUGGGAGGUAAAGUGAAGAAACCCGGUAAACGAGGCCGUAAACCCGCUAAAAUUGAUCUGAAAGCCAAGUUGGAGAGGAGUCGUCAGAGCGCCCGUGAGUGCCGAGCCAGGAAGAAACUCCGGUAUCAGUAUCUGGAGGAACUCGUGUCCAGCAAGGAGAGGGCCAUCUGCGCCCUGAGGGAAGAGUUGGAGAUGUACAAGCAGUGGUGUACAGCCAUGGACCAGGGGAAGAUCCCGUCUGAGAUAAAGGCUCUACUGACGGGAGACGAACAGAACUCCUCCACCAAGACCUCGAAGAACAGCAACCAGAGCUGAUGUGUUGGCGGCGCCACACCAGAACUAGUCCGACUGUCCGUUUUUUGUUUUGAGGUGACAGACCCGGGUUAUAUUCAUUAUGGGGGGGAAAUUAUAUCAAACGUUGUGCAACAGAAAACAAGGGUGUUCGUGUGUAAUACCUACCAGCUCCCCACUUUUUUUAUUCGUCCUGUUUGCUUCCGUUUGUUGCCCUAGUGAAUAUGCCCCAGAGCGAGUCUGUCUGUCUGCUGGAAGGUUCCAGCGCUAGGCAGCAGGUACUCCGUCCAUCAUGCCAGAACGCUCCACUGUAUAAGGCCUCUGUGACGGAGAGUGAAGCGGUGUCUCACCGGUCUGUCUGUUUCAGCCACCCCCCCCCCCCGUCCUCCGUCCUCUAGAGGAGACGUACAGCAACAGAACUGUCUGAGAUACAUAUCAUUACUAACGCUGGGGGGGGGGACGACCUUCAGAGUAAUAGUUCAUAUUAUUUACAGUCGUAAUCCACCUGACUGGCCUGAUUUUUAUCAUGAGUGGUUCACUAUCGCAACACUCGGAUUCGUUAAUGUUAAUCAUGUCAAAUAUGUUAUUUAGUUACAGCUAUAGACCGCCUGUAUUUAGGUACAGCUAUAGACAGCCUGUAUUUAGUUACAGCUAUAGACAGCCUGUAUUUAGUUACAGCUAUAGACAGCCUGUAUUUAGUUACAGCUAUAGACAGCCUGUAUUUAGUUACAGCUAUAGACAGCCUGUAUUUAGUUACAGCUAUAGACAGCCUGUAUUUAGUUACAGCUAUAGACAGCCUGUAUUUAGGUACAGCUAUAGACAGCCUGUAUUUAGUUACAGCUAUAGACAGCCUGUAUUUAGGUACAGCUAUAGACAGCCUGUAUUUAGUUACAGCUAUAGACAGCCUGUAUUUAGUUACAGCUAUAGACAGCCUGUAUUAUUGCACAGUUUUAU